AUGUCAAUAAAUCCCACCAAAUCUGGACUCAAAACGAAACUGAACCUUUCUGACCCGCGUUCCUCAUCUUUGGAAGUUUUUUUCUUUUUUUUUAAGAGAGUAGAAUCUACAGCUUACAAUCGGUUGACAUUCCAUAGCAUAGUCUACGUUUUUUCGGUGAACUUUCUUUCUUUUCCUUCUAAACGCUGUAUUUUCUUUAUCUAUCUAUCUAUCUAUCUAUUUAUCUAUCUAUCUAUCUAUCUUUUGUUUCCAAACGCUAUAUUUAUUCAUUCUUUCUUUUCUUUCUUUCUUUUUGUUUUCACCUGCUUUAUUUUCCAAUCUAUCUAUAUUUAUUCAUUUGUUUCUAUAUUUAUUUUCUUUUCUUUCUUUCUUUUGUUUUCACCCACUUUAUUUCCUUUAUCUAUCUAUCUAUCUAUCUAUCUAUCUAUCUAUCUAUCUAUCUGUUGGAUCAACUCGAACUUGACUGUCGAAUGCAGGAACGCUAAUGACGUCCAUCAUGGUGACAGCGGAACUGACCUAGAGGUUUAUGUGCAGCUAUUACUGCCUUCCUUUAUGCACGAGGAUCAUUGA